GAGCCUGGCCCUGAAGUACCCUAUUGUGUUGUAAGUCUUUCUGGAGACCACAGGUGUGUCCCUGCCUUUAUAAACCCCACGCUGCUCUUCCAACCAGCUCCGACUCUUCCGAAAGAGGGGAAUUGCGUCAGGAGCUGUGUUUGGGUGUCUCUGAGCCCUCUGCAAGAUAACAAGCAGGACAGAGACCAUGAGAAUCAAAAGCUUUGGACUCCUUUGUGUGUUGAUGCUGGUAUCUCAGAUGCUACUAGCCAACUGUGAAAGACAGAAGGAAAGAAAAAAGGGAAGACAAGGCAUAGAACAUGGCAGAAAAAACCAAAAGGAAUCUAACCAAGGAAAUGAAAAAGGGCAGAAGUCAAAAGGAGGAAAAUCAUCUCCAAAAGGCAAGUUUGAAACCAAAGAAAAUGCUGAGUGCACCUGGUCAGUGAUGGACACAAAUGCUGUCACUGUGCACGUACAGUGCAAGCACGGUGACACAGAGUUCUGGUGUGAAUUCUCUGGAAACCCUUCUAGCUGUGCACAGUAUGCAGCAAACCAGAAAUCCUACUGGAAACAAGUCUCCCGAUCUCUAAAGAAGCAGAAGCAUAUUUGUCAAGACCCCAAAAGUGUACUAAAAUCUAGAUUGUGUAGGAAAGGCCCACAAAGUGCUCACCUCAGGUUGACUCACUCAAGCCUGCUAACAGCGGUGGGUCUUGCCAAAGAGAACACAAUGCAUCAUGCAAAAGAAGCUGUUCAGACUCCAGCAGAUGUCUCUGUGACUGAAAAAAGGCUAGAACACAGUCCUCAAGACUGUGUUGAAGAUGUAGAUUACAUUGACCAGAGCAAGGUGGCUGAGGAAUACUGUCCAGAAAUCUUGCUUUCUUUCUGCAAAUUUUUUGUCACAGCGGUCCAAGACAAACGAUGCUGAGGAGGUGUUUCUAAAGCUCUGAAUCAUAAAAUUGUGGUCUCUUUUAAGUUACUGCAAACGAGUCCAGAUUUUAUUCUCAUGUUAUAUAGUGUAUAUAAGCAAGAAGGAAUAUAUUUUUCUGAUUUUGUAUAUACACAUCAGACUACUCUAACACAUUUGAAGAUGUUACAGAUGUUAUGUGCCCGCAGAUUGCUACCCAGUGGAUGUGUUACCAGUGGAUAUCACAUACUCUGUGCAGAAGUGUACCAGUAAUCUCCCUGGCCCUCUUUGAGCUGUGCUAGCCACAGUGACAAAUUCAGUGCCAUGCACUUCUUGGUUAUGCACAAUGCUUCUGACCUAAAAAUUAUUAAGAAAAAUAAACUUCAAAAUACAUUAAAAGUA